AAGUCCUUCUUCUAUAUUCACGCUUGUCAACCUCGCGAAUAUUCCCGCGAAAUCCAUUUUCGAGAAGAAGAUUCAGCUGCUGAAAUUCGACAUAAACAAUUCGUGGCGAAAAUUAAUUAUUUGGAUGACAUCGAAUGUUUUGACAGCAUGGGCCUUCUCACCUAAUGAUUCUACUUUCUCUUUCGAGUGAAGAAAACAUGGCGGUAGACGAAUAUUAUAUGGAAAAUUUGGAUGAAUUUGUGAACGAUGAAAAUAAAGUUGUGACGUUCAAGUGGUUGAGCACCAACCUGAAGGUUCAUGUCAACCAAGCAAAACAAAUGCUCUAUGCCUUCGUGCAGCAGGAGAGAAACAAGAGGGACAAUGACAAGCUAUCAGUGACAUAUUUUGUUGCAGGAAUACCGAAAACCAAGAAUGGUUUCAUGGGUCACAAGUGUUGCAUUGUUUCGGAGGAGGAGCUCGGGUCUUUCAAGUCGACGCUGACAACGGUGACCAGCUGCCACAUCUACAGUGUCCAGAAGGUCAAGUUGAAGGACUCCAAUUCGCUGUUCAUGGCCGACUAUGACAACACGAAGGAGAAGCUACACUCAUGCAGCAGCUAUAGUGCUAUAAGCUACCCCCGAGCCAAGGCCAGGUCCAAAGAGGAGCUGGCCAAACUUGGCGUCCAACAGUCGCAGCCAUCGUCAGACCCGCCUAAGACAAAUGGCAGUUUAUCAACGGCAGCUAAACCAGCAGCCAAUGGCAGUGCAGCUGUCAAGGCCGAACGCAAGGGCAGCAUUGCUAGUAUGUUCUCCGCAGGAGGGAAGAAGAAGGAGGCUGCAGAGAAAGUCCCUGUUCCAGCUAAAGGUGGAAAGGGCGGCAAAGGCAGCAAGGCUGGAGGUGUGAUGUCUUUCUUCUCCAAUCAGACAGCAAAGCCAAGCAAACCUGUUGAGAGUAAGCCAGUGCUCUGUGACCCUGUGGAGACAAAGCCAGAUGACAGUAAACCAGUGAAUAGUGAACCAGUGAAGAGUGAACCAGUGAAGAGUAAUAAACCCAAGCCUGAGCCUCCGAAGGAAAAGAAGAAGACUGAUGUGAAGAAAAGCCGUCCUAGCAAGGGAAAGAAAUCUACAAGGGUCUCAGAUUCAGAUGAAGACAAACCCGACACGAAGAGAAGGAGGCGAAUCCGCAAUGACCUGUUUGACAGCAGCAGUAGCGAAGACGAGAUGGAGGUUUUGGAAGAGAGUCCUGUCCCAAGUCCUGUCCGUGAGUCCAGCCCAGAACCCGAGUCACCAAGCCCGAAGAAAACCACGAAACCUGAUUCUGAUGACGAACCCGUUAUUGUCAGUCAGACAAAUGGAGGCGAGAAACGGAGAAAGCGGACGCGGAAACUCGUACCCAAGACAUCCAUGGACGCAGAUGGAUUUAUGGUCACAGAGAAGGUGUGGGAGAGCGACUCGACGGACGUGUCCGAGCGAGAGGAGGAUGUCAAGAAGCAAGUACCAUCACCGGCCAAACAGUCCAAGACACAGCCGACAAAGAAGGCCUCUCCACAGAAGAAAUCUCCUGCCAAGGGACCUAAAAACCAAAUGUCUCUGAUGUCCUUCUUCAAGAAGAAAUAAAAUCUUUCAUCGUAUCCGAAAAUGUGCUCAGGUUUAUGUUAAGUUCUGCAGUUAAUCUGAACAUUGUACAUAUUUGCAUUAAAGAUUAACUGUGACAAGUGCUUCAUUUGAAAGUGAAUAAUGAUAAAUGUUGUAACAGUUGUUUCACAUGAAACUGUUGGUAGCCUUGUUGUUAAGGGUUUGCUUGUCAUGAAUACCAUGGGUUUGAUUUUACACAUGGUUAGAUUGUGUGAAACUCAUUCUUGGACACCCCUGCAGUGAUAGUGCUGAUAUAUUGGUGAAGUCGUUUUGAGCUGCAUUCUAACACAAAUUUGUUGGAAAUUACUCGAUUCUGAUUGGUCAAUCAGAGGUAUCAAAUGAUAAUAACCACCUGUGAUUGAAACAGCUGAUUUGGAUACCGCACUGCUGCAGAAGAUAAUAGUAAUAGAAAGUCCUUCUUUCUCAGUCGUUGUCAGUAGGCAUUUCAUUUGUUGUCAGUAGUCAUUUAUGAUAAUUAUAUGUACAAUAUCAGUUCAUCUCCUCUGUUCCUUGUCUUCGUGUGUUUUAUGUUAUUUACAUAAUACUGGGUUGUGUAAAUCCUAGCUGUAAGGUCAAGACUCGAUUAUUUACAGACCGCCGUCAUAUAGCUGGAAUAUUGCUGAGUGCGGCGUUAAAUACAAACAAAGAAAACAAAACCCAGCUGAAAAGUAUUUGGACGUGCUUUGUUUUAUUACCAUCUAUUUGGUUUGGUGAACCAGGUUCAAAAUGUACCUCCGUGUAAUAUAUGAUACAUUGGGACUUGUUUCUGGACUCAUUUCACUAGGGUUGUGCAUUGGCAAAAGAUGUGUGAUACAGGUAUAUGUAGUGUGAUAAGUAUUGCGAUUUAAUGAGAGUGGAAUAAUGUUACUAAUAUUACUCAGCAUGGUCAGUCGCUGCCAUUUUGUAGUCAUGGAGAAAAGGGAGACAACCUAAUAAAAUAAUAUCAUUUCCAA